AUGGAACCGAAGAAAACCCAGGUGAAGUGUGGCUUCAUCAAAAUCCCUGAAUACUUAGUCUACAGCCUGGUUUUACUAGCUAUGCUCUCACAUCGCAUGAUCUUCGUGAAGUACUUCGGUCACACCCAAAAUGCCUUCACCAAAUUUACAAUUUUUACUCUUUUCCAGACGCUUAUGGUUGGCGACAGUGGUGGCAGCGUGUACGUCUACGCUAUGAAGAACUUCCCCUCAGUUGGAACUUCCGCCGAGGAGGCAACCAAGCUGACCUCCGUUCUGGCGUCCUGCUUAUCAUCCCAGUUGCCCACGUAG